AGAGAAAGGAAUGAUGGUGACAGUGCUAUUAGUGGGUCGUUGUUCAGUGGCAUGACCUUAACAGCAGCUCCUGCUGAAAGGACAACCUCCUCUGAUGAAGUUAAUCUGAUGGGUCAUGGUGAUGUUUCACUGCAAGAUAAAUUACCCAAAACAGUUAUUGAAAAUCCACAAGAUUUUGGUGCAGUUCUUGGUAAGAAAGAAAAUUUGUGUUGCUCUGAUUUUUCUUUGAGGUACAGAAAUGGUCCACAAGGUGAGUGGACUACUCCUGGCACACUUGGAAAUCAAAACCAUAAAUUAGAAAGGUGUUCUUUUUUAAGUGAUUAACAUGCAUGUAACUUCUUCCCAUGAUAUCUGUACAUUAUCCAGCAAACAGGAAAGUAGAAUACUCAAACUUAUCAGGUAGAAGUUGUUAUCUUGAUUUAACACAGAAUUCUUGUUACCAAUAUACAAGGAAAUGUCAAGUAGCUUGAGGGGAGGAUUAAAAAUCAGAUUGUGGGUCAGUGGUUUUAGAAAUACACUCCUUUAACCCUUUAACUCCUAAGAUCUCAUUAGUAAUUCUCCUUACUGUCUCCCAUACAGUUCUUGGGAUGUUAGUUUGGAGAAUUUGGUAUUGGAUCAACGUAUAAUCUCCUAACCGAUAUUUUGCUUAAUUCUCAUCACUUAAUGUCUGCUUGAUAUUGUAUUGAUAUUGUAAGGAGAAAUUCUGUCUUGGUCACUCAUGGGAGUUAAAGGGUUAAGUGACGAUCGCAUAAUCAUUGAGAAUUCAGAUUACAUCAACAAAAAAAUUAAUUUUGGUUUCCUUCAUUUUGCUACAGCAAGACCCAUCGAAGCUGAGUUGUUACCCAAGCCAAUGCAGCCAAAAGUUGUUCCGCAGCAGAUGAGCCAAUCAGCUACAAAGAAGAAAAGAGCUCGGCACGCUGUGAGACCUGGAUAUGCCAGACAACCUGACACUAAAGGGUAAAUUCAAGUUUAAUUUUAUGUUUUAAUGUGCUGUUAGAAGUAGUGGUAGGAGGACUAGUAUUAGAAUGUUAGUGGUAAUAGAAGUAGCAGUAGCACUAUAGUGGUAGUAGCAGUGUCAGUGGCAGCAACAGUACCUAGUUCAGUAGUAAUGUCAGUAGCAGUAGCACCACCAACAGCAGAAGUAGCAGCCAUAGUAGCAGCAGAAGUAAAAGCAGAAGUAGCGGCAGAUUGAAGUAGAAGCAGAAGUAGCAGCACAAGUAGAAGCAGAAGUAGCAGCACAAGUAGAAGCAGAAGUAGGAGCAGAGAUAACAGCUGAAGCAGUGGCAGAAGUAGCAGCAGAAGUAGCAGCAGAAGUUGCAGCAGAAGUUGAAGCAGAAGUAGCAGCAGAAGUAGCAGCAGAAGUAGCAGCAGAAAAUGAAGCAAAAGUAGCAGCAGAUAUAGCAGCAGAAGUAGCAGCUGAAGUAGCAGCAGAAGUUGCAGCAGAGGUAGCAGCAAAAGUUUCAGCAGAAGUUUCAGCAGAAGUAGCAACAGAAGUAGCAGCAGAAGUUGAGGCAGAAAUAGCAGUAGUAGCAGUUAUAGCUGUUGUGAUAGAUAUAAGUAUUAAUUUUCACCGUAAAGUUAUUGUUUAUCCUAUAUUUUAAGGGAACCCAGUGAGCCAAGUGAUAUGAUUGCUGAGGGGACAGUUGGUAAAACUGAACAGGAAUCCAAGGUGGAAGAAGGUAUUUUGUUUUAGUUCAGCUACAAUGUUUGUUGAGUACUAGUUAAUGAAAUACAUAUCAAGAUGUUUGCAGAUAUUGUCAUUGUUAAAAUGUAGGCCUGGUGGUCUUGACAAUCUUGACAUGAUUUACACACUUAUUUUACAUUUGAAUAUCAUGUAUUUUUUUUUGGCAAUAAAUUUACAACUUGAAAGAUUAUUUUGAAUGUAAGGACAACUCAUUCCACCAGUUGAAGUUUCUCUUACCCUCUCACUCCUAUGAGUGACCAAGACAGAAUUUCUCCUUACAGUAUCAAUACAAUAUCAAGCAGACAAGUGAUGAGAAUAGAGAAAAAUAUCAAUAGGGGAAUUAUUAGUUGAUCCAAUGCCAAAUUCUCCAAACCAGUAUCAUGAAGAUUGUAUGGUAGACAGUAAGGAGAAUUUCGAAUGAGAUCUAAGGAGUGAAAGUAUUCAGUGUCCUUAACAGUUUUUUGAAAUCAUUGCAAAGUCUUAGGUAGAGAAAGGCACUUUGAGUAUUCAGAAUCAAAGUAAGUCAGUUCGCCCUUGAACACUUACUUAUUGUACCACAGCCCAGCAUUCAGGUUACCUUGUCUCCCCUUCCUUGAUGGAUAUGCUUGUUGCUUAUUAGAUCAGACAAGGGCAACAGGAGAAGUCACAAAACUUGAAGAGGAGAGUGGUGAGCCUUCCAUGCCCUUGUACUCCAUUGGAACCCCAUCAUCUUCGGAUGAAAAUUUGUUUGAAGAGAUGAAGAUCAAUACCACUGAAGGAAAUGUUACGAAAACUCCCAGCAGAGAAUCCUUAAAAGACUUAGACUUGAAUAGAUCAACUCCACCCCAGGGUGACAAAAUUAAUGUUGACGAAUUUAAUCCAAUUGAUGCUGUAAGUGACCACUCGGAAACUGUGUCUAAAUCUUCUUGUAUGGAGAUACAAGACAAAACCUUAGAGGUGUCAAACAACACAAAGAGUUUAGAAGAAGAUGAAAGUAUUUUUGAAAGUGGGAAAUAUUUGGAUUCAGAUGAAGAUCUUUCUAAGGCAUCUGGCAGAAGAAUAGAUGAAGGCUUUGCUGGGGAAACCUCUCUUAACAGUGCUGUGGAAAGUGAAAUACUAAAUUCACAUUUUACUCCUGGGUCAAAUGAACAAGUUAAACAAAAUGUGGAGGUAGAAUUUAAAGAAGAAAGACUCGUUAUGGAUCAGAAAAAGAGUGAUCUUGAAGAACCUUCGAAGAAGCUAAACAACGUGUUGACUCACUUGAAACUUCAACUUACAAGUCUAAGGUAUUAUGUGAAGUUCUGAGUUAUCAUGAAUGGGUGGUAUCUAGAUAGGAUAUGUGGAAACAGCUUAGUGUGAACCUGUGCAAGCAAUGAUGUUUGACUUGAUCCUAGAUGCACUGCUACCAUUUGUAUUAUUAGCAAACUCAGAAAAAAAUAUGGGGUACUUUACUUUUGUCACUUAUUGCAGAGUUAUGAAAGAGCCACUGUAUAGUUUUUAACCCGUUUCACCCCAACAGUAGUAUGCAUAUUCUCCCUACUAUUCUCUAUACAUUUCCUAAGGUGCUGACAAGGAGAAUUUGUUUAACAAUCACAAGUUUCAUUUUUUGGUUGUCAAUUCCUUUAUUCUCCAAAAAAAAAUUAGAAACUGGUCACUCUUUGUGGUCAAAGGGGUAAUUACUUCUCAUGAUUGACCAAGAAGUAAUUUCUCCAAACAAUAUCAAUACAAUAUCAAGCAGACUGGUGAUGAGAAUAGAGAAAAACAUCAACUAGGAAAUUAUUAAUUGAUGUAAAACCAAAUUCCCUGAACUAAAAACUGCGAGAAAUUUGUAGAAAACAAGGAGAAUAAUUACAGAAAACUUGAAGAUGAAAAGGUUUCAUGGUACCAUGAAAAAUUGGAUUAAAUAUUUAUGAGGAGUUUUAUCCUAUGGAAAGAUAUACUCAGUGCAAGCUUUUGAGUAGGAGAUUAGCGAGUCUAAAAAACCUCUCAUAUCCUUUUUUUUUCGUGUUUAGUAAAGACAAACGGUGCCUAAAAAGCCUUGAGGAAGAGUUGUUAAAGGUUUACACAGAGUUGUGCAAUGUGAAGAAUGAAAAAGGAGAAGAAUUCAAACGACUUCAGAUGGAAGAAAGCCAGGCCUUAGCCUGUGACAAUUAUGACCUGGCAGAAGAGAUCAGUAACAGAAUGGAACAACUCAAGCAAGAUUUGGAAUUUGCUAGGUAUAGGCUACCAGCUCGAGAUGAUAAGGUAGGGAAAAAAGGUUACUUCAAAUACUUUGGCCUUUUCAAUCCCUCCUCAUUCAAACUUCCAGUAAUUAUGAUAUGGCAGACUUUGCUGUUUGCCAGGACCAGAAAUCAGUUUCUGUAGCAGAUUUGAAAGUGUUGUGUGAACCUUCCACUCUCACUUUUCUCUGUCCCUCCUCUCUCUCCCUUCCCAUCCUUUCCCUUACCCUCCCCUCCCUCCUUUCAUUACUUCCUCCCUACCCCCUUCACUUGCUGUUCACUGCCCCUCCUGUCUUUUCCCCCACUCUCUCUUCCCUCCUUUUCAUCACUUCCUCCCUGCCCCUUCACCUUCCCUUCACUCUCCCUUCCCAUCUUUUUUCUCACCCUCCCAUCCCUCCCUCUCAUGACUUCUUCCCCACCCCCUCACCCAGCCUUUACUCCUCCUUCCAUCUUUUCCCUUACCCUCCCUUCCUUCCUUUUUAUUACUUCCUCCCCACCCCCUCCCCUUACUUGUCCUUCCCCCACCACACUUGGCCUUCCUUCCAUCUUUUUCAAAUCCGCUUUUAUUUUGAAAGGUUGAAAAAGCAUUGAAGCUGAGAGCUCAAAUAACAGAGAGAGAAGUUAAGAUUUACAGACAAAAUCAGACAACACUGGAAGAGGUGCGAGAAGAACAAAAAGAGUGUCUGGUCAGACACACAGAUAUUCAGGCUACCUGGAGUGCAAAGGAAAAACAGCAUCUGAAUUCUGAUCGGCAGAGACUGGAAAGAACAAUGGAUCAUCUGAGGCUUGACAAGGAGCAUAUGGAGGCAGAGGGUGUGGAACUAAGUAAAGAAAUUCUACUAAAAACUGAAGAGUUCCAAACAAAAAAGGAAGGGUUGCUUUUAGAGAGGGGAGCCUUGCAGGUUAGUUAAAAAAAAAAGAAAAAGUAUAGAAAAAAAAUAGUUUGUUAUCUUGGGUUCCAAAACUUGUCAAAUUUGAGCUUUUGAAGUUAAUUUUGUAAUAGAACAUUCAGCAUAUUGUUUUGACCUACCAUGCUCCAUACAUUAGAUGAACAUCUCUCCUGUUCUUCACAAUGAACAAGCUUCAAUUUUUGUUUGUUUUCAUUUGCACUAUGAAAAAAAAUUGACUACUCUAAGCUUCCCAUAAAUUCAUUUUUGAAAUGAGCUCAAGGGAGCAAAAUUAUAUAUAUAUAUAUAUGAGUAUGAUCAUAGAAAUAUUUGAUAUCAGUUACUCUGUCUAAUUAUCAUCAUGAACUUUGGUCCACAAUUUUAUAGCAAAUAUUUUUAUAGCUCAUAGGAACAUUCAAUCUUUGUUGUCUUCACCUGAGGAUGAUAAGAUGAUAGUUCUAACGUUAGCAAGUGAAAAAAGUUCGUUGAAGCAAAGAAUAUCUCAAUUUGUAAUAGGCAGAAAUCUCAUCACUGGAGGCUAAGCUGGCUAAGUUGAGAACCAAAGAAUUAGAGCUAACAGCUUUCAUCAAAGAGCAAGACAAUGAAAUAGACUCUGUCAAGUUGGAAUUCAGUCCACAGCAACAAGCCCUUGAUAAACAGCAACAGGAAAUAGAAAGAAGAGAGAGGUCACUUCAGGAAGAAUUUGUAAGUGAACCCUUUACACCCUAACAUCACUAUCCACAUUCUCUAUACAGUUCUCUGUGCAUUUCCUAAGGCGCUGACAAGGAGAAUUUGUUUAGCAAUCAAGAACUUCUUUAGCUGUUGAUCAUUUCCUUUGUUCUCCUGACCCUAAUGUUUGAUUCAGGGGUAAUAAGGAGAAAUUAGAAGCAUGUCACUCUUAGGGGUUAAACGGUUAAAACACAUGGGGGGGGCAGAAUACUCCCAAACAUCUCAUGCUUCAGUAAAAAGGAUACGCUCUAGAUGGAUUACCACAUUGCCAUUUUGGCUGUUGAGCAGACCUCCCUUUAAUGUUCAAUAAGAAUAGUACGACCCUGUCUGCACACAUGGCCAUGCUGCACCAUUCACGCUGUGUUUGAUUAAAUCAAAAAAUAACGUUCUAUUCCAUUUUAUGUCCAUGCUGAAAAGAAUCGUGGAAGGUAGAAAAGCCGGCGGGGCAAGUGACAAAAAACCAGGCUCCCCCCCCCCCACACGCUCAAUGUCUGGAUCCGUCACUGUCAAAUUUCCUCUAAAAAAUGAAAAAAGCAGUGACAGUAGAAUUUUUAUUUAAGUUCCAUUUUGGAUUUACGUUGGUGCAGACAAUAGAUCUUUUCUAUAUAUGGUAUGCUGCAUAUUUCUUUUUGCAACUGAAAUCACUCUAAAACUCUCACACUGAAAAUCCACAGAGGCUGUUGUCAUCUAGUCAAGAAAUAUUUGAUGCCAAAGUAGAGGAAAGUCAAAGAAAAGAACAAGAGUAAGUCCAAAGAAUAGUUCAGUUUAUAUAUAAAUAUAUAAGUGAAAUAAUCAUAGAGGACGCAUCAAUUCUCUAUUACUCUGAGUUUCACGCCUAAGCGCUCGUCAGACAGAACUUUCUGUUUCUGUCUGAUGAGCGCUUAGGCGCAAAACUCAGGGUAACAGAGAAUCGAUGCGUCCUCUUUGAUUCUUUCACUUAUAUAUACUCAGCUCUGCUACCACAGCAUUGAGCACUUUAUGCCAAAGUAGACUCAACCCGCACAUUUAUAUAUUUAUAUAUAUAUAUAUAUAUACAUAUUUAGUGAGAUCACUUGGGGUGGCUGUAUGGCCUUACCUCCAUCCUAGCAUCAGCACUGCACUGAUGAGGCCUAGAAGGCCGAAACAGUACUGUCUGCAGUUAGUUAUAUACAUGUUUAUAUAUACAUAUAUAUAUUAUAUAUACAUUUGUUUUGGGGGUAGUGGAGGGGUGCGGGAGGAGGAAUGUCAUGCAAUACUUCCCUCCUCUUCCACUAAACUAAGUUUUUAUUUUCUAAUAUUUAUUUCACAGGUUGACUGAUGGUAUAACUGAGGCUUCAGAGGAGCUGGAAAAAUACGAAAAGUUAAUCAAACAGCUGGAAGGGCAACAGGAGUCUGCUCGAGUAUUUCUAAACAUGAAACAUUUUACUUUUCACACAGAUCCCAAAGUAACAAGGUAUGCAAUAUAUAUUUUUUUUUGGUAUGACUUUUCCCCCUCCCCCUUUCUUUUUGGUACUUUGGGUCUGCGCAUGUGCAAACGUUUUAAUUGUGAGAUGGUGUGCCUUGAGGCUGUCACAAGAGUUUUAAAGGACUUCACAAAAUAGCAAAUCGACAGGAUGUGGGGGAAGGAGGGGGAGGGAGGGGGGAGAAAGGUAACCUCUGGAAUUCCAUCUCCUGGAUUAGCUUCGUGUCACAGUAACCCAGGUGGGCUCCUGUGGUCUGGGGCUUUGGUGUGGUAUUCCUGUGCAGUCUUCACCCAUAUUCACCAAGCAUACAUAAUCAAGACCUUUUUGUCAACAUUAUGAUUAGUCUAUUUGUGAUAGGCGUAUUUCAAGUCAUUCUUUAUUUAUUGAGGCUGUUAAUUCUUGUUAUACAUUUUAGUCUGGAAGCCAAACACAAAGAAGUGUCCCAGGAGGUAAAAACUUUUACCAACAAGGUCCACAUGGGGCAAAGACGCGUGGUUACCCUGAGGAAGACUGUGAAUGAAAUCGAGUCCCAGAUCUCUGAUCUGGACGCAGUCAAAAAAAUAGCAAUUGAAGGUAAAGGAUAUGAACGUGGGCGUAACGUUCUGUGUGCGUAACAGAACAGGAACCAAAGGAAUCGCUAUGGCCAAUUAACCUUUUAACCCCUAAGAAUGACUGACAUCUAAAUUCUCCUGACAAUAUCACCCCUGAAUCAAACAUUCAGGUAAUGAGAAUAAAGGAAAUAGUCAUCAACUAGAGAAGCUCUGGAUUAUAAAAACAAAUUCUCCUCAUCAGCACCUUAGGGAACGUAUAGGGAACAGUAUGGAGAAUAUGCACACUGAUGUUAGGGUGUAAAGGGUUAAGACCAUAGGAAAUAUAUCAAAGCACGAUAAACUCAACGAUAAAUCAGGCCUUCUUGUUGAUAGCGCGCGAAACGCCAGUGGCCAGGUCGCGUUUGGUAAUACUUGCAGCUGAUUGGUUGCAGGGAAUCGGUGAUAAGAGUGAAAUGAAAUGUUGCUGGAUGUGCUAUAUGUCUAACUCUUAAAGACACCAAAACGACCCAGCUAAGGUCACUUCUCGACUGAGUACCGCAAUCUCAACAACAUAGGAAGCCCAUGAAAAUUCAAAUUAAAAACAAGAAAACUGUGUCAAGCGCAGGAAAACGCGGUUGCCCAAGACGUGAUUGAGUUUCUGUCAACAUCCGAUUGGUGGAGAGGGUGGUGUGAGUUUUCUGAACCAAUUACAAAUCGAAGUGAUGCAAUACCAAUGCACCUCUGGAUUUCUUAGUUUUGCCCGUGUUUAAUACUUGCAGUGUAAAAGUUGCCACACAAGAACAACUUAAAUUCCGUGUUUGAAUUACUUUCUUCGUUUAGAGAGAAAUUUUAAGGAGGCUAAACGGCUGAAAGAAGAAAGUGAAACUUUGACGCAACAGGGAGUUGAAAGCCAAGAAAAACUCGAAUCUUUGUUGAAGGAACUUGCAGAAGAUGGAAAGUUGUUAGAGGAAGCGCAAAAACAGAACGCGGACCUGGAAGUAGACAUCAAUGAAAAAGAGCGUCUUAAUGGUACAAUUUUUGUUGUCUCUCGUUUGCUCUUCGUUUAAGUAGAUAUCAAUGUAAAAGAGCGUCUUAAUGGUACAAUUUUUGUUGUCUCGUUUUCUCUUCGUUUAAGUAGACAUCAAUGAAAAAGAGCGUCUUAAUGGUACAAUUUUUGUUGUCUCUCGUUUUCUCUUCGUUUAAGUAGACAUCAAUGAAAAAGAGCGUCUUAAUGGUACAAUUUUUGUUGUCUCCCGUUUUCUCUUCGUUUAACUCUUUCGAGCUUUGUUCAAUUAUCAGCCAAUUAGGUGGGAGGGAUUUUUUCUCUCUUGUUUCUUAUCCUUCAACCAAACAUUGAACCCACAUUCGUCAUUUAGUGUUGAUUGGAUUAGAGGGGAUUGGAUUCUAGUCUAACGAGGCGUGGAAGGGGAGGGGAGGGUGUCUUUUCAGUUACUUUUUCCUCCUUCCAUUCUUCCAACCUUCUCCCGCCCAAAAACUCGGCUCGUUGUGGAUCUCCAACCAUAUCCGUUCUCCUCAAUCUAUAAGAUUCUACUCUUCUCUCGCCCAAAAACUCAUACCCUGGUAAAUACCUGCUCGUUAUGGAUCUCCGACCAUAGUCGAUCUCCGACUAUAACCGAUCUCCGACUAUAACCGAUCUCCGACUAUAACCGAUCUCCGACUAUAACCGAUCUCCGACUAUAACCGAUCUCCGACUAUAACCGAUCUCCGACUAUAACCGAUCUCCGACUAUAACCGAUCUCCGACUAUGGCUGAUACAAGGAAACAAAAAACUAAUUUGUGACUCCUUUUGACGGUUAGCCUAAAAAUGACUCUGGCUUACAAAAAACGUCUUUUAUAUAUCAUUUAUCUAAACCUUUUUUGUUUUGUUUGGUUUUUUGUUUGUUUGUUUUUAGCUGUAGUUAUUGUAGAGGAAGCUUCCGAUAUGAUUCAAGUCCUUCAGGAACAAAUUAAGAGGUAAACGAGUUGUUGGACUCAAUGUUAAAUGUCUCCAGUGAUAAUUUCAUUUUGAUCAAGCUGUUGAUUUGACAUCUCGGAAACGUUACUUCGUUACAGAGUCGGUGAUGACAGUCUGAUCAAGGCUUUGCUAGAGACCGAAGCUAAAACAUGCGAGGUAAGUCUGCAUAAUGCACAGUUAAAAUAUAGUAUUGGGCGACUGAUAAUUUUGCUAAUCCUUUUGUAAAAGGCUGGCGAAAACUUGGUCAUCUAAGACUAGUAGCCACCUUUGUUAUGAUGCACAAAACUUUAUAUGAAUUGACCCCUGAAUAUCUACAAUCUAGAUUUGUAUCGCGAAAUGAUAUCACUUCAUACAGACUGAGGAAUUCUAAGAAUAAAUCGGCUCUUCCACAACCCCGCACCAACUACUUUACAGGAAGUUUUUUUUUUUGACCAUAACCGUUGUUUUUUAAGAAUUUAACAAAAACUCGUCAUCAGACUUUGAAUGAGAUACGGAAAAGUAACCUUAUGUGAUAUGCAUAUUCUUUAAAACCAGUUUAUUAGAGUGACACUGAAGGACAAAGAUCAACGGGAGGACCGUGUAUAAAACAGUGAUCUGUCUAUUUACACUGCGCGGUAUUUGAUUCUUUCUAAUAGAGGGGUGUACACUAAAGAAGAAACACGCGGUCAAUGUCCCAAAUUAUAACCAUAAAAACGAAGAUGGUAGCUGUAUCCAGUUUUCUUCGUGGAGAAGAAUGGCAAUAAAACAUGAAAACUGGCAUUUCAGUACCAGAUGUGAAUGACUCUGAGGACAAAAAACGCGGGCGACAGUGAAGUCGUAUUUGAUUGGUUUUAGUUCUGCAUCUGAUUGGUUGCGCUUAAAGCGUCGGGCGCGAGUCGUGAUUUUUGGACCAAUCGUCAGAGUCUUUUGGACCAAUCACAGAGCGAAGUAAAGCAAAACGAAAGCAAUCUCUAUUCACUUUCGACCGACUCAAUCGCAAAUUGCUCUGUAACAACAACUGAACUCUUUCAAUACAAAAUAUUGCCAUCAAUUUUUUUUGUCUCACAUAUCACGAUAUUGCACGAAACUUCGUUCAAUGGUUGCUAGUUGUUAUGAAAAGCUGUCCUGAAACUUGACAAGGACUUCACUUCUACUUUUAAAGGGGUCUGUUUCUGAGCCUACCAAGCCCUCAGAAAGAGAACACAUCCAACGGCAAGAUUACAACGAUCUAGUGGACAAAUUGAGUGAAUUGGAGGGAAGACUGGAGGCUGUGAUAGAAAUUGAAGAUUUUGACGAGGCUGAUAUCCUUUUAUGACCGAACUAAUUUUACUUAUUCAAUAAAUUAAUAGCUAUGCCACGUACUCAUCAGAACUUGAGGCUUAAAUUUUGCAGCCAGCUACAAGUGCAGGCAAUAUAUGCCGCACGCGGUAAAACUCGACAGCUACUUUUAUGAUGGCUAAGUAUAAAAUGUCGUGAAGCGCAGCUCUCACCAACCAGAGCAGAGUCUACAAGCUGGCUGUUAAUGGUGGGGUACUUUUUUCUAAAAGUUUUGAAUUGUUUGUGCUGAACAUUUAUUAGAUCCUUGUCAUUCUUAAAGGCUCAUUUAUGUGACAAACUAACUUUCUCCAAAGUGUUGACGAAUGUGACAGUUUGUUAUUCAGUCCCAGUUCCCGACAUGUUUCUGAGGUAAUUAGACCGAGCGUAAGGGUAACCGGAACAUACUUCUUGUCUCUGCGGUCUAGGAAGACAACUGCAAGAACACCAGUAAAAGAACUUGGCAUUACUUAGCCAGGCAUUAAAUAGUUCCAGUCUAAAUGCAUUAUGAUAUGACAUUUUCACAGAGAGAGGCGACUAUGUCUUUUUCACACCUACCAAUCUUGAAAGUAGACUUUUGUACGUUUCUUUAACAUUUUACCAGACAGACUCCAGCAGGAAAUAACAAAAAUUAAAGACAAAAUGGCGCGGGAAAAUCCAUAAUCUAGAGAACGAUGCGUAGGAAAAGCGCAUCCCAACAUCAGCAUGAUGGAAUCCAGGCGAAAUUGAACUUAGAAAAGAAAUGAGCUUUUAGCUUCUAUGGUCCGUGCGACGACGCGCAAUAAAGCAGCGGUUUCCUAUGCAACGAGAAGGUUGCACAUGCUUUGUGUUACCGUCUUUUUAUAAGAACAGGGUAAUUUUGAACUCUUUACAGUGGCCAGUUUACGUUAUCAACUCAGUUGAUAAUACUUAAUUACCCUGUUAUACUCUCCCACCGACGCAGCACCACAGUUUCUUCAGAAACUUAUCCCCUUUAUUUUUUACAAGAACAGCCAUGAUGGUAGAUUAAAAAAAAGUUUUUUUGGAAAAUUGUUUUGGGGAUAGUUACUCCUCGGUAAUGUAUUCUGUGAAACGUUGUAAAUAGUUUCGUGACGAAAUUUUGUGGUGAUGGCUUCCUGAUGCUCAGAGUUCACGAUCCUUUUUUUUUCCAGCGGGAGGUCCGUGUAAAUAUUUAUGUAGCCCAGAUCACCUGUUCAUUAUAGGGAUCAAGAGUUGAAGCUAUCAUAUUGAAUAGGAGAGAUCGCGGAAAGCCUGGAGUGAACAAACCAAUAUCACCCCACUCUCCCACUCACGCCUUUUUACUAUCUCCAGGCUUCCCUCGAUCUUACCAAUAGAAUAUGGCGGCUUCGACGCCCGAUCAGAACAUGGAGCUCUUGCUUGUCAGCAAGAAAAUAAGACUCCUAUGCCGCCUUGCUAAAACUGUACGCGUUGCAUUUAGUUUCGCUUCAAGGAAUUUAUCAAUAGGUUCAUUACUGGUAAAUUUCCCGAACAGAAGCAAGUAUUGAUUCCUUCCAAAAAAGCCCUGUAUGCUCGUUAUCUAUUUCCAAAAAUCCCAAAUGACGCGGUCUCUCAUGCUUAUCUUUCGGUGCCUGUCUUUUCUCCCUUUGUGGGUGUGUAUGUGUCAUGGACAUGGUUCAUUGUACGCAAAGAAACACACUUCUACUUUCAUGAAUAAAUUACUCUAAAUUUAUUUUUCAUCAUAAAUUACGCAAAUUAUUCUUGAGACUAUAAAUAUAUACUGGCCCUUGAAGACAAACAAAUCAGAAUGUUUUUCUUCGUUGUGAUUGGUUUAACAUUGUCAUGACACGCUUUUGAUUCCAAAACUAGACACUGUGAGCAGGAUAACUGGGAUACCUGGAUGGUACUGGAUCCUUGGAAUCAAGUGUAGUGAUACUACGGGUGUCGGACUAGUAUACUGAAAUAGUGCGCUCAAGUCUGACCAAGGGCAUACACCUAUUUCAAAACAUAGGCAUGCUAUACAUGCAAGAGUUACUUUUUUGUAGGGUGGGUGGAUUACUUGAAACAUUGUGAGUGAUGUCUACAUUCUUACAAAAGGAGAGAAGAAUAUUAAUGUGGGAAAGCACGAAAAUGUCAAAUUACCUCACUCACAGGUAUUUUGUGGUAGAUUAUGUGUUUUGCGAAUAAAUGUAAGCUGUAUUGGUGCCACGGAUGCCUGUUAGUACAAAAUGCAGACAGCAGACUGCAGACCGGAUACAAAAUAUAGACUGCAGACUGCAGAGUGGGUACAAAAUGCAGACUAAGAAUCUGAAGAAUCUUUACGUCUGGUAUAUAAUAACAUGUUAUCUUACAGCUUACCGAGCGUCACGUAAUCGCUUUUCUGCGAUCCGCCUUCCUGGCCCAUUUCUUGAUGAAAAUCGAUCGCAAUAUUAUUUCAAGCCUUCAAUAUAGUCUUCUUACUUUGCGCGCGAGUUGGUUGGUGUGAUGUCUGUACAGAUUUUACCAACGUAAUAAAAGUAGAUGACGUGAAUAACAGUGAUGGUAAAGCAAGCUUAAAACGGCAGAAAUCGCCAGAAAAUACAACGGAUACACAGGGUAUGAGUAAGUUUUAUUGAUUUUACGAGAAAAAUGUUCAUAUUUCGAAAUAUGUGUCGUUGUAAAUCGACCAUACUUCGUUCUCUAUACUAUUCCUUAUAACGUGCAGUUCCUCUCGUAACUUAACACCGAGUCACCCAACGCGUGACGCGUUCAUGAAUUAAUCGUUGGCUUUUUCUCGAGACGUGAGCUUGGGCCGCCUGUGACAAGACAAUUGCGUAAACAAUAUUUAACAUAAUAACAUUAUACACAAAAAAACACAGGGUUUUGUAUCACGCAUUUAUUAAAAAAGAAUAUUCAUACAACUACAAUGAAAACAAACAUAAGAUUCACCUUUCUGAUCGCGAAAUUAAUACCAUUCAUACUGUUAUCGUAGCGAAGUUCCCUGCCAUCAAGUGAAUCCAACAUGUCGUCUUUCUUCACAAGCAGUUUGCAUCCAUCAUAGUUAUGUUCUUCAGUCUCACGGUAGUAGUGUUGUUCAAUAGAUUGCAUAGAGUAUAUGUAGUUUGGCUUCAGAUUUCAGAUUUUGCUUUUUACAACAAGUGAACGUUUUUCAACUAAGACAUUGGCAUACUUAGCAUACAAGGCAUUCAAGGCUUUCAUGGCUUUUAAGCGUUCGCGACUCAAUCCGUUCCAAAAUUACCGCUCAAUAACAUCUUUCAGUGUGGAUUAGCCGCGAUUAAUACGACUUGUAUAUGCGUCUGUAAGUAUUUUGCGCGUUUGCGCCAUAAUGCUCCUGGAGAUCGUAAUCCAAAUACGUUAAAAUACAAAAUAACUGACCAAAGAGUUUUAUGAGCAAAUCUCGUGAUUCGUCAUGUGACCCGGCCCUGUCUGUGCAUGACAACGUCAAUUAUCAUCAAGAUAACACGCGUGAUCAGCAUGUGAACACCUCAUUGGAUCACAGUUAGUUGUCAUGGUGUUGAGGGCCCAAUGACCUCUGGGUACUAUUGCGCAAUUUUUCCAUUUUGUGGCGGAGGAAAAAAAAAAAAAGACGGCAAAAAAACAAAGGCAUUUUAUGACUGGGCUACCACAGGUAUCCCAGUAAAUAGCUAAAAGAGAGAGUCACAAGGCUUGAUUGUUUCAAGUUGAUUUCUUAGAAAUCGUCUACCUUUGCUCGCUCGCUUUUGCCGGACGGACAACAUGGACAUUAAAACGUUGUUCCAUAAUCUUCGAGAAGAAGUGUCUUGUCCAGUGUGCACUAACAUAUACAAGGAUCCAAAACAACUCCCAUGUCUCCACAGCUUUUGUCUGCAUUGCUUGAAUCAAUGGCACAGAACAAGCCAUGGCCGAGACACAAUCAGAUGCCCGAAGUGCCAAGCUCUUAGCAGAGUGCCUGAAAGUGGCGAUUUGAAAGAUCUUCCCACCAGUUUUUAUCUGAACGGCUUGAUUGAUGUGCUGACAAUUAGAGAAUGUAAAACCAGCCAGGUGAAAUGUGGAAAUUGCGACAAGAGCAACUCGGAAAGUUCGUAUUGUUUCCAUUGCUGUGCAUUUUAUUGCCAAAAGUGCGUAAUUGCGCACAACAUCAUGAAAACCUACAAAGAUCACCGUGUCCUGGCGCUUAAAGAAUUUCAAGACAAGGACUAUGAGGAUGUAAUGAAACGACCUGACUUUUGUCCUACGGAAGAUCACAACAAAGAAGAACUGAAGUACUUUUGCAAGACUUGCGAAAUGCCAGUUUGCCAAAUUUGUGUCACAUUGGACCAUGGAGCCCAUGAUAUGAAAUUAAUCAAGGAAGAGGCAGAAAUACAGAAGAGUGAGAUGAGGUCGUUGGUUAAAAAGCAGAGACGUAAUUUGCAAGCUAAGAUGAAAACCGUCAAUCAACUUGAUGAAGAGUUCGCUAAACUGAUGCAACAAGGCGAAGACGUGAAGAGAGAUGUUCAAAGACUUGUUGACAACCUCGUUGCCGUUAUUAAGGCGAAAAGGCAGAAUAUACUAUCAUCGUUGGAGAAAGAAACGAGGAGAUCGCUUGAUCUUGUAACGGAGCGAAAAACCGAAAUUCAACGGCAAAUCACGGCCAUAGAAUCUUCGCUGGAAAACGCUAAUAAGCUUUUAACUCGUAGUAGUAACGCUGAAAUCGUUCAAUCAAAGAAAUCAUUAGACACCAUUUUUGAAGGAGUUGAUCAAACCGCGCCAAUUGACCGUGACAACAAAAGCCUCCCGGCUGGUUUCGUUUUCGAGAAAAAUAUAAAACUGUUGGAGACUGUCAAAACUGAUGACAUUGGAACUUUGCAAAUCUUGCAACCCACUACGGCAAGUCAUUUUAUUUGCGAAGGCAAAGGAAUUGAAGAAGGAAUUGUAAACCGUGAGGCACAAUUUACUUUGACCUCAAGGAAUGGUCGUGGUAAACAGUGUUACGAUAAACGUGACCAUGUCACAGUGAAGAUCAGAUACGAACGAGGACGAGAAUGCGCGACGAAAGGAGGAAUAAAUGACUGUGGAGAUGGACUCUACCAGAUCAAUUAUACUCCAAAAUAUCAAGGAAGGUGUCAAGUGAGUGUACAGGUAAACGGGGAACAUAUUCACCAGAGUCCUUUUCUCGUACUCGUAAAACCAUUUCAAUUCAAACCUGUUUUAACUUUCGGUGAGGAAGGUUCGUCUUUAGAUAUGCUUAACAAUCCUUUUGGGCUGGCUGUAAAUGCCAGGGAUGAGAUAGCUGUUUCUGAUAAUUUCAAUCACACAAUUAAAAUCUUUAACAGUGAUGGAAAUUAUUUAAGAUCCUUUGGUCGUUGGGGUAGCGAAGCGGGAGAACUUGAAUAUCCUAGAGGAAUAGUUUUUCAUAAUAAUGGGAAUAUUUUUGUCGCGGACAAUUCGAGUCGAAUUCAGAUUUUCAAUGGGAGGGGUGAGUUCGUAAGAAGCUUUGGUGGCCGUGGACAUCUUGAUAACCAACUCAAUGAUCCUUUGGGUUUAUCUGUAGACAGUGACGGUAAUGUGAUCGUUGCUGAUAGAGGAAACAGCUUAAUCAAAAUCUUUUCUCCCGAUGGAAAGUUCCUUAUGAAAAUAGGUGGGCAGGGCUUUUUUAAAUCGCCUUUCCAUUGUAUUCAGUAUGAUAGAUAUUUCAUAGUGUCAGACAACGAUGAAAAUUGUAUCAAAGUUUUUGACAGGAAUGGAAACUUUCAAUACGCGUUUGGAAAGGAAGGUAGAGGGGACGGGGAAUUUCGCGGUCCUUGUUUUAUAGCAGUGAACAAAUCAGGAAACCUGAUGAUCUGUGAUGGAAGUAAUGACAGAGUACAAGUGUUUGAGCCCAAUGGUAAGUUUAUUGGCAAGUUUGGAACAAAGGGUAGCAGUUUAGGAGAGUUUAAAUUUCCUACGUCCCUGGCAAUUUUAAGUAACGACCGAAUUGCUGUAUGUGAUCACGAUAACCAUCGUAUUCAGAUCUUUGAAUGA